AUGUUCACCCAAUCCCGCGAGGACCAGUGCAGAUUACUAGAAGGCGAUUAUUCGGUGUUCGCUGGAUCGCAGCCAGGAAGAAAAUAUAACAAAGAUAGCCUGAUCCUCGAUACGUUGACACUACAGACCAUGUUCAAAUCGAUUGGCUUCUUUGCGACGGCCGCAACAAUUGUCAACAACAAUGCAAACUGUUCCAACCUUGUGCAUGUGGAUUUUCGUUGGAAUCCGGGUACCAGCUAUCGCCGCGCGUUUUCUUAU